UGCAGUCUGUGGUAACAGGUCACUGGUCUAUAGGCAUUCCCUCGAUUUCCGCCUAAUCCUCUGCUGGUGGCCCAUUUAUCCUCGCUUGAUCCACGCUGACAAUUUGCCUGGGAGCGGAACCCCUGACAAUCAUACGACAAAUCGUGUUUCGAACUCUUCGAACUCAUAGCGAGUGGUUAGGCCACAAUGAGCUGCCUGUUCUUGGUAUUUGGAAGCCGUUGUUCUCCAGCCAAAGGGUAAUUGAGGAGCACGAGGAGGGAGAGGGAGAGGGAGAGGGAGAGGACAGGAUAGGAUGUUGGUCCAAUCUGGACGUUGGACGCACCAUCGUGGAAGCUUUUCUGAUCCGUGGGGUACUGGAAACGGUGUAAACCCCCCUCGCUGUAGUGUCGAGAGCUUGUGGGGAGGCGCGGGCCAUACGUAAACAUGCAGCAUGGCCUUGCCUAAACAUUUACCUCUUUUCAUUCAUCUAUAGGGCGUUAGCAUGAGGUGCUUGUAAGCAGAUUGAUCUCGAACCUGGCCAGCAGGAACCACUCAUUCGUGCCUUCUCCUAUAUAUCAUACCGUGUCAUUUCACAUACUCGAGCACAGCACGAACUCGGUAAAGUGGGAUGAUCAUCUAGCUUUACAACUACGUCAAGUUGCUGUAGGUUCUGGGAACAAAAAGGUGGUCGUCAAAAUGCUAUAAAAGGUCGGAAUAGCUGAAAAUGUGGUGGGGACUUCAGGGUGCCUCCUCAGUAUUAAUAAGGCUUGCUGUAUUUUCUAUACUUUCACUUGUCUCGACGGAAGGCCGAAGGAUAACCUUUUCGCAGUGUUUUUCUCCCCCGAAUCCCAAGUGGGGGGAAUUCUGGGUGGCCUAACUUAGCUUCGUUCCCAGUAAUAAGGUGAUUCGGGACAUGGGAGCUCCGGGUGAAUGAGAAUUACUGACGGUAAACUGCCUUGUAGCCAUUUAUAUUUCGUCGUGGGUAUAUUCACUUUGAAGCAGUUUGUCCGCUGGACUGGGGAGGACAUUAAUGCAUUGAUAGUCUACCGGGGAUUUGCUCUGCCCGAGCGCAGCAUGGCAUGGAGAGUGAAUUGGCUAUUUGUGGCUGAGGCUUGGCGCUUUCAUCGGUGAACACGGCGGACACUGAUAUGGUUACCAUAUCAUACUAGUGCUACAGUACGAGUAUACUCGAGGGCACUCAUGCUGUACUCUGGGUACAAGUAGCUAGAGCUUCUAGGGCUAACGGUGUGUGUUGGAGCACCGCAUCAUACUGAUACUGCCAGUGUGUUAGGGGGUGGAGCGUAGUGUCAGGACUCAUUUUGCUUGAAAGCGACAUUGGAGCACUGCGAUAGUCUACCUGAAAAAUUGAUCGGGAGAGUCGGUGAAAGCAGGUUGCGGGUGAUCGACAUUAUCACGGGUCGAUUUUCCGGGUGUUUGUGCUGGUGAUUCAGUGGGCAUGCAGCAGUCUGGGCCUCAAAGUGGUGGCGAGUUAGCUACGGUAAUGGCCCACAGUUACCGUGCUCCAGUCACAUGUAAAAGGAGACGCAGCCGCGUGAGCGCAGAGUCUCCUCGUUAGGCUUCUCGAACCCUGCAGAGGUUCGAAAACGCCCUCGGCAGCGAGAUCGCAUGCCCAACAUCUCCAUACAUUUUUUCGAGUGUUGCCUUACCGUCUUGCGUCCUCAUCCUCCACCUGCCCCUCUUUCAACCCCCACCCAUCACUACCGUACUGCUAGCUCCUAUCCUUCAUCCCCCCAUCUCUUUACCUCCCCCCCCUCCUGUCCUUCCUACAACUCCUCUCCACCAUCGAAAAUCCUAUUCCCUAUCCCUGAUGACCUCAGAACCUUCCACCACUAGUCGACAUCAUCGAUCGCCUCCAUCAAAACCCCUUAAGCAGCGGGUGGAUUCGGACGCCCUGGCUCAAAAUGGAACACCCCAAACCCGGAGUGCUGAUGUUUUGGUGGCUGCUGGAUUCCAACGUCAGUGGUCUGAGGAGAAGGAAAAUGUACCUUAUUCGUCUAAACUCUCUUCGUGGGGGAUAUCCCUAGGCACCGCUACUAAUUACACCCCGUUGGGCUUUCGGAUAGUUAUUACUUGGACCUUUCGAAUAUCUUGUCUCCCAUCCGGGCAAGGAUAUCCGCCAGCAGUCCAUAACGGCCUUCAACAGAUGGUUGCAGGUUCCUGAAGCCUCUCUUCAAAUAAUCACCAAAGUCAUAGCUAUGCUGCAUAAUGCCUCACUCUUGUAAGGGCUUCUGAAAUUGAAAUGGCCCUUAACAUAUUUUAACGACGCUUGGUAGGGUCGACGAUGUUGAAGACAAUUCUAAUCUGCGAAGGGGCUUCCCUGUGGCGCACAGCAUAUUUGGGGUAGCACAAACCAUAAACUGCGCGAACUACGUGUACUUCCAAGCCUUGCAGGAGCUUUUGAAACUCGAUAAUCCAUUGGUGCUCAAGAUUUACACGGGUUAGCCAGCAAAGGCCUAUGGUAUCCACCUGAUGCUGACCUGAUGCGCUUUUUCGUCUAGAGGAAUUAUUGAAUCUUCAUCGGGGCCAGGGGAUGGACCUCUUCUGGAGAGAUACAUUGACAACGCCAACUGAGGACGACUAUCUGGAGAUGGUUAGCAAUAGUUAGUACAUCUUUUACUCCCGUUCUUGUGCUUGGUCCGGGCCAUGAUACUAACAUUCUGCAAUAGAAACCGGAGGGCUAUUCCGUCUGGCUGUGAAGCUCAUGCAAGCCGAGAGCGCCUCGAACGAAGAUUAUGUUCCCUUGGUCAAUAUUAUUGGUCUGCUUUUCCAAAUACUGGAUGAUUACCUAAAUCUCCAAUCAGACCAGGUACCAAUUCCCUACUCCACUAACUGCUCUAGCGAUUUGCUGAUGUUAUCGAUAAAAGUACACCAAGAAUAAGGGGUUCUGCGAAGAUCUUACCGAGGGAAAAUUUUCGUUCCCCGUAAUCCACGCCAUUCGUAGUGAUCCAUCGAACCGUCAGCUAUUGAAUAUUUUGGGGCAGCGAACUACGGAUGAGGAUGUCAAAACGUACGCUGUUGCCUACAUGAGGGACCAAACGGGCACCUUUGACUACACAAAGAAAGUUAUCCACGACUUGCACAAAAAAGCAUUGGAGGCGGUUGAAGAGCAUGGUGGAAACCCGUUGCUGGUCGCAAUAUUGAUGAAACUGGUGGCUAAAUAAGGGAACUGCUUCCUUCCUAGGCAGGGAGGCAGGUUGAGCCAUUGCUGUUAUUACUGGAGGAAAAUUUCUUUUCGUAUUCAUAUCAUUAGUGGGCGCAGGUCUUUCAACUCGCCCGAUGUGGUACCGGGUUUAUUUUUUUCUACGGGGUUCUGGGUCUUUUCUUUGGUAUAGGGAAGGCUGGUUCGAGCUUGUUACGGAUAUGAUUGUUUUCAAGGGCAGCAUGUUUUUCUCUUACAUUAGAGCUCUUGUCACCUGUAAAGCCCGUGUAUUUAGCCCUGCGAUCGCGUGGUGUCAUUGCUUUCUCACAAAGGAUCGCUGAGUGGGCGGGUUAGAACGCAGCUACUAUCAUGCAUUUGUUCAUGAGCAAAAGUUAUAUAGACAGUUCAACACUACGUAUCGUGUUCAGAGUUAUCUAAAUGUAUACUUGCGG